AUGUUGCGAUCAACUCUUCUCCUCGCCCUCGCGGGCUUGACCUUCGCGGCUGAUAGCGUCCACUUCAGCAACUCCAAAGCAGCACAGCCAAAAGGUCUUCCCCUUCUCUCUGGCUUCACUCCUCGCCCUCAGACCCUCAGCAUGGCUGGUUCUUGCCCCGCUGGCAAGACAUCAUGCGAUAGCGGCUGCAUGGAUGCAGGCGCUCAGUGCUGUAACAAGGGAACAGGAGCCUACUGUGACGAUGGCUAUCAUUGUCAAGCUGAAGGCUGCUGUGAGGAUGGCAAGCUAUGCUCUGGCCCUCCCACUGGCUGCACACCGGGCAAGGAGCUCUGCGGCGCGUAUUGCGUUACUAAGGGCGAGUGUGUCAGUGGCGGAAGUGGUGGCUCUUCUGGUGGCUCCUCCGGUGGUUCUUCAGGGGGCUCAUGCUUGAGCUUCCAGGAGACCUGUGGUGACGGUUGCAUGCCCAAGGGCAUGGUUUGUUGCGAUACUGGCUACUGUCUCCGUGGCCAGACCUGCGGCUCCGGUGGAACUUGCAAGUAUGGCUCCGGCUCUGGUGGCAGUUCAGGAGGUUCGUCUGGCGGCUCAUCCGGCGGCUCGUCUGGUGGUAGCUGCGCGACUUACCAAGAGAAGUGUGGCGAUGGCUGCAUGCCCAAGGGAAUGGUCUGCUGUGAUACCGGAUACUGUCUGUCUGGGCAAAUCUGUAGAAGCGACGGUACUUGCGGCUAUCGCUCAAGCGGAGGUAGCAGUGGUGGUGGCUCAAGUGGCGGCUCCGACGACGACGACGAUGACAAGUCCAGCUUCACUCGAGAGUCCCCGACACUUACCUUCGACUCUCCCUCAUUCACGGCCCCUUCGAUCGAGCCUGUCCCCACGAUCGACGACAACAAGUUCUCUACAUUCUCUUCGUCUGCUGAACCUACCGGUCUCAGAUCUGGUGGCGACGAUGAUGGAGACAGCGGCAGCAGUAGCAGCAGCAGCGACAAUGGAGGAAGCAAUAGUGGCUCUAUCUUGGUGCCUAGCUUCUUCAUGGGCCUCGUUGCUAUGGUUCCUCUUUUCCUUUAA